AUGCAAAAGUGCCGCGCCAUCCAGGGCGCUCUGGGCUCCCAGGCAGUCACCCCACUGCCUUCAGUUCGAGCGCAACUGCACAUCCAACGCCGAAAUAUACAAGAUGUCUACAUCACUCGGACCGGGACGCCAAUUUUAAAAGUCCAGGGUGGACGGUCCUCCAUUGGAGGGCAUACUGCUACAGUCUUCGGCGCUACGGGUUUUUUGGGCCGUUAUAUCGUGAACAGACUCGCUCGCCAGGGAUGUACCGUGGUCGUGCCUUACCGAGAGGAAAUGGCUAAGCGCCAUCUAAAAGUCACUGGCGAUUUGGGAAGAGUUGUCUUCAUGGAGUAUGACUUGCGAAACACACAGUCAAUCGAAGAGAGCGUGCGCCAUUCAGACGUCGUAUACAACCUUGUGGGAAGAAAAUACCCGACAAAAAAUUUUUCGUACGAGGAUGUCCACAUCGACGGCCUGGAGCGAAUUGCUGAAGCUACUGCUAAAUACGAUGUCGAUCGCUUCAUCCACGUUUCCUCAUACAACGCGGACCCGAAUUCCCCCUCUGAAUUCUUCCGAACCAAAGCCCGAGGCGAGCAGCUUGCUAGGUCCAUAUUCCCCGAAACUACCAUUGUUAGGCCGGCGCCGAUGUUUGGAUUCGAGGAUAACCUGCUUCACAAACUGGCCAGCAUAACCAACCUGUUCACGUCUAAUCAUAUGCGGGAGCGAUACUGGCCAGUCCACGUUAUUGACGUAGGCCAUGCUCUUGAGAAAAUGAUGUUUACAGAUGCAUCCGUGGCGCAGACAUACGAGUUGUACGGACCAAAGAACUACUCGACCGCUGAGAUUGCCGAACUUGUUGACCGCGAAAUCAUCAAGAAGCGUAGACAUAUCAAUGUUCCCAAGCGCAUCAUGAAGCCAGCCGCCUACUGGGCUAACAGACUCCUUUGGUGGCCAGCAAUAUCUGCAGAUGAGGUUGAGAUGGAAUUUCUAGACCAGCAAAUUGAUCCAUCGGCCAAAACUUUCAAAGAUCUGGACAUUGAGCCUGCUGAAAUAAGCAACCUGACAUUCCACUACUUGCAAGGGUACCGCAGUUCCCAAUACUCCGACCUACCACCAGCCUCGGAGCGUGAGAGAGCUGAAGAGAAGAAAUACGUUCACGUCCUUGACGACCAGUAG